GCCCUGGUGACCUCCAGCCCUUCCAAUUCAUCCCUCGUGCCUUCCCCUCCAUCCCUGAACAAGAUGAGACUGUCAAUGUGAGCUCAGAAAACAGUGUGCACACUCUGGUGUCCGGCAAACCAAGGUGGGAGUCCCGGCUCUGGCCAGCAUCUGGCGUCUGAAUGGUGGUGGUAUUGGGUACACGCCACCACUCCAGCUGACCUUUGUGAUCUUGGACAAGAAGCCUCCCGGUUCUGAGAUUCUGUUCCUUUGAAACAGGAUAAUGGUCCAUCUCCCCUUGGAGCAGUUCUGAACAUAGUGGGUGAGCCAGCCAUGGUAACCCCAUUACUCCUACCCAGGUGCCUUCUGUUGAACCCUUCCCUCCUCCUACUUUGGAACCCCUUUCCAUGUUGAGCUGAGAGCCUAGACUCUGAGGUUCAGCUGCAGUAGAGGACCGUCACUAUCCUGCGAGUUCAGCAGCUCCUGUUCCCAGGCUCAGACCCCAGGAGUCCCCACGGUCCUGCAGCAUCAGAGCUCUGUUGUCAGCCUAGUUUCCGAGUGUGGGACAGCCUGCCCCUCCUGACUCCUCGGCAGCUUCCUGGUCAGCCAAGAAACCAUGGAGGAAAUAGUGGGGCUUCGAGAGGGCUCCCCCAGGAAGCCAGUGCCUCUGCAAGAACUCUGGAGGCCGUGCCCACGAAUCCGCAGAAACAUCCAGGGGAGCCUAGAGUGGCUGAAAGAGCGGCUGUUCCGUGUGGGUGAGGACUGGUACUUCCUGGUGGCUCUCGGGGUGCUCAUGGCUCUGAUCAGCUAUGCCAUGAACUUUGCUAUUGGACGUGUGGUCAGAGCACAUAAGUGGCUGUACAGGGAGAUUGGGGACGGCCACCUGCUCCGGUACCUCUCUUGGACCGUGUACCCCGUGGCUCUUCUGUCCUUCUCCUCCGGCUUCUCACAGAGCAUCACACCAUCCUCUGGAGGGUCUGGGAUCCCCGAGGUGAAAACCAUCUUGACGGGUGUGAUCCUGGAGGACUACCUAGACAUUAAGAACUUCGGGGCCAAGGUGGUGGGCCUCUCCUGCACCCUGGCAACAGGCAGUACCAUCUUCCUGGGAAAACUGGGCCCCUUUGUGCACCUGAGCGUGAUGAUCGCUGCUUACCUGGGCCGCGUGCGCACCAAGACCGUCGGGGAACCUGAGAACAAGACCAAAGAAAUGGAAUUGUUGGCUGCAGGAGCAGCAGUGGGUGUGGCCACGGUCUUCGCCGCCCCAAUCAGUGGUGUUCUGUUCAGCAUCGAGGUCAUGUCCUCUCACUUCUCCGUCUGGGAUUACUGGAGGGGCUUCUUCGCUGCCACCUGCGGGGCCUUCAUGUUUCACCUCCUGGCGGUCUUCAACAGUGAACAGGAGACCAUCACCUCCAUUUACAAGACCAGCUUCCCAGUGGACAUACCCUUUGACUUACCAGAGAUCUUCUUUUUUGUGGCCUUGGGGGCCAUCUGUGGCAUCCUGAGUUGCGGGUACAACUACUGCCAGCGGACUUCCUUAUUUUUCCUCAAGGCCAAUGGGUUCACCUCCAAACUGCUGGCUACCAGCAAGCCCUUGUACUCAGCUCUGGCUGCUGUGGUCCUGGCCUCCAUCACCUAUCCACCUGGUGUGGGUCGCUUCAUGGCUUCCCGGCUGUCUAUGUCAGAGUACUUGGAGACACUGUUUGACAACAACUCUUGGGCACUGAUGACCAAGAACUCGUCCCCACCCUGGUCAGCGGAGCCUGAUCCCCAGAACCUGUGGUUGGAAUGGUGUCAUCCACAGAUGACUGUCUUUGGGACACUAGUCUUCUUCCUGGUCAUGAAGUUCUGGAUGCUGAUUUUGGCCACCACCAUCCCCAUCCCCGCAGGAUACUUUUUGCCCAUCUUUGUCUACGGAGCUGCCAUCGGGCGCCUCUUUGGGGAGGUUCUAUCUUUGGCCUUCCCAGAGGGCAUUGUGGCUGGAGGCAAGGUCAGUCCCAUCAUGCCCGGGGCCUAUGCUCUGGCAGGUGCUGCUGCCUUCUCAGGGGCGGUGACCCACACCCUCUCCACAGCAUUGCUGGCCUUUGAGGUAUCCGGCCAGAUCGUUCAUGCACUGCCUGUGCUGAUGGCCGUGCUGGCGGCCAAUGCCAUCUGUCAGAGCUACCAGCCCUCUUUCUACGACGGCACCAUCAUUGUCAAGAAACUGCCGUACCUGCCGUGGAUCCGUGGUCGUAAGAUUGGUUCCCACCUUGUGACUGUGGGUCACUUCAUGAACUGUACCCUCACCACGCUGGCCAAGGACAUGCCCCUGGAGGAAGUGAUCAAAGUUGUGAUCUCCACGGAUGUGACUCAGUACCCCCUGGUGGAGACGACAGAGUCUCAGGUCCUGGUGGGCAUUGUCAAAAGGACCCACUUGGUGCAGUCCCUCCAUACCGAUUCAGCUUCCUGGGCUCCAGGCCAGCAGCCCUGUCUCCAGGAUAUCUUGGCUAACGGCUGCCCCACCCAGCCAGUGACACUUCAGCUGUCCACGGAGACCUCCCUGCAUGAGACGCACAACCUCUUUGAGCUGCUGAACCUUCAGCUGCUGUUCGUGACGUCACGAGGCAGAGCUGUGGGCUCUGUGUCCUGGGUGGAGCUGAAGAAAGCAAUUUCAACCCUGACCAAUCCGCCCGCUCCCAAGUGAGUCAGCCUGGGAGUCGGCAGCCUGGCGCCCAGUCGCUCUCAGCUGCUGCAGGGCAUCUCCACUUUGCAGAGGAGAGGACUCCACAUUCACCUCUCCCCACCCUGAAGGAGCUGGUUGUAAAUGAAGACACCAAUGCGUUCUGUCACAUCGGGACCCUUGGUCCUUCUAGGGUUGUCUGCUGCUAACCAAGACUUCUGAGAAAAAUAAAACUGAUUUCUGGA